AUGACUAGCAUUAACAAUAGUUUUCUUAUGAACCACACUUGCUUAAGAAUCAAGGAUCCCAAAUCGGUUGAUUGGUGGCAACAGAAAUUAGGUAUGAAAUUAAUUGCCACUAUUCCAUUUGAUACCUUUACCUUGUACAUGUUAAACUACGAAACUGAAAAGAAUAAACAUUUGAAUUGGGCUGCUCGUGAAGGUGUUUUGGAAUUAUGUUAUAACCAUGGAGGCACUGAACAUAUCAAUAAUGGUAAUGGUGACAAGGAUAAGGGGUUUGGACAUGUGUGUAUUUCCGUUGAUAAUAUUGAAGCGGCACAAGAACAAUUUUUACAAAAUGGUGUUCGUUUUAAAAAGAAGUUGUCGGAUGGACGUCAACAUAACAUUGCCUUUCUUUUAUCUGAUCCUGAGGAUUAUUGGGUUGAAGUUAUCGAAAAUGGGAUUGACAAACAAGAAGGCAAGACUAGUGUUUCUUCUUAUAAGCUCAAUCAUACUAUGAUUAGAGUUAAAGACCCUCAAAUUUCAUUAAAAUUCUACCGGUCAUUGGGAUUCAAACUCUUUUCCAAAAAGGAUUUCCCUCAAGCCAAGUUUAGUUUGUAUUUCCUUGGGUAUAACCAUGAUGCCAAUUUCAAAGAAGGUGAAAUGCCUUGGGAGGAACAACUGCAAAGGGAGUCGGUAUUAGAAUUGACCCAUAAUUGGGGCACUGAAUCUGAUCCUGACUUUAAAGGAUAUCAUAAUGGAAACAGUACUGAUAAUGGUGAAGUCCAAGGAUAUGGUCACAUUUGUAUUUCUUGUAAUGAUCCGGCCAAGUUCUGCCAAGAGUUGGAACAAGCUUAUGGAGAUAAAUUAGAUUGGUCAGUGAAGUUUAAUCAGGGCAAAGCGGUUAAGGGAAUUGCUUUUAUUAGAGACCCAGAUACUUAUUCAAUUGAGAUUUUGUCUCAUGGUCUUUUUGAAGAAAGAAUGGGUAAGCUUUAA